CAAAAACAUAUAAGGCUCCCGAUGAUGACACAGAGAUAGAAGGUAAACAUAUUGAUGAUAUAUCUGAAAGAAAUGAUGAUAUUUAUAUUCAUUAUGAUAUAGUAAAAGGAACUUAUGCAAAUGGAAAAUUCACUGAAGGUACAAAUGCAGAAGAAGGACGUGCAUUAGCUUAUUCUAUAUGUGAAGAGCUUCUCAUGACAAAAGCUUUUAUAUUUUGUUCAACUCAUUUUAUGGAGUUAACUAGAUUACCGUUAGUCUACCCUAAUGCUGAAAACUAUCAUUUUAAUGUUGAAUUUACGGAUAAAGAAGAUGGUAACUGCACAUGUAAUUUUACUUACAAGCUGGUUCCAGGUCCAUGCAAAGCACAGUAUUAUGGCCUUAAGCUUGCUGAAUUUUCCACUAUGCCAAAAUCUAUAAUUCAUGAGGCGAAACAAUUAACUGCUGCCUGGGCGAAAGCAGAAAAUAAUAGUAACCAAGAACAGCAACAUUUCGGUAUAUCUGGUGAGAACAAAGAAAAAAUAAAGUUAGCAAUACAUUUGCUUCAACUUUCCGAUAGUUCUCUGAAUGAAGAAGAUUUAAGAUCUCAUCUUAAAGAAUUGAAAAGGAUGUUCAUAAGUCCAUCUUCCUCAGCUGAUAGUCCAAGCAUUGAUUUCACCCAGUUCUCUUAAAAAAGAUUGGGUAAUAUUUUCCCGGACAAUUUUGUCUGCAGUUCUGAAUUUCUGUAACUAAGCAAAAAGGGCGUUCAUUGUGCACUUUACUCAAGUAAAAACACUAGUAAAAUGUAAAAAUAAAUUUCACUUAA